CGCAGCCUAAGGGGCCCUAGUGGCCUGGCGCGUUGAAUUGAUUCGGGCCUCAAAGUCAGUCGACUCUGGCGUAGCAAAUGGGCUACGGUAUGAGACGAGCCUAGCGAAGGUCAUUGCGGGCUGCCGUGGACACCCUGACGUUGAGUGCCAUGUUUAAUACGCUGGUUCGUAGUGGACCGCAGCUCCCGGUCGAUUCCACAAGAGGUUGCCAUUUCCGAAUCAUUUGCGCGAAGUGAGGCCAGUGAAGCACGCUGUUUGCGAAACCCCAAGCAGGUUUUACAGGGCUAUAGCUCCAGCAAUGGUGUUAGGCCAGUGGUGGCCUAAUUUCUCUCGCAAUUAACAUGCGGCGUCAUGGUAGGAGCGCUGACCGCCCCAUCAUAAUUGCGAGAAUGGGUAUUUAUGUUUCUCGGUCUCCCCUCCGAUCAAAUACCUCCCCAAAAGUCAAAGCACGUUGUCCCAAGCUGUUCUGUUGCAGUCAAGACUACAUUUCCAAGCCUGGUCCUUUGCUUAUACUCACCGACCCACCUGGAUGUCGAGUUGCUGGUAUCAACUUUCCUUAUUACGAGCCCAAGAUCCGGAUAUUUCACUUCACUGGUAUACCUAUCUGCAAACCGCAGCGUUGGUGGUACAUUUGCCAAUUUCUCUGUCUGACUCCUUAUUCGGUUGGAUCUCUCAUUCGCCCUGAUGUUUUCUUCUUCCGUGAGAAAUGUCCAGCCGGACUAUAUGGAUUACAGUCGUCCGAUAGCGACUGGUCCUAAUGAUCUUCGCCGAAGUGAUGGGCAUGGAAGUGGGCGAGCACCACCUCCAGCAACCUCAUACUAUCCCUCCUCAAGUAUCACAUACGUUUCAAACUCGGUGACAUCCGCUUACAGUCCAACCUCCAUCAUGGCACCCAGCGAUCCCAUGGACCGAUCAGAACCUAUCUACUCACCCAACGGAUACCAGAAGGAGCCUGUAUCUGCCCCUUAUGGAAAUGGAGCCGCUCCAAACUACGGGUCCUACAGCAACCGUACAUCUCCAACGCGGGAAGCAGGUGGGCGUAUAACACCAGAAUACAUCAUCACUAACUACCACGGCUCAACUGCUGUAACCGACACGGCACUUGAAGCUUCAGGGCGGCCUCUGAGUGGGCCUCCCAACACGGACCGAGUUCAUCCACAAAGGCGUCCGUCCAACCGGGACGAGUUUGAUGGGCCUCACCAGCUUCUACCCCGCCCUCCGUCAGGAUAUCUGGAGCAAGACAGGGAUCUACCCCAUCUUCCCACCAACCUGGUAGUCCAGGAACAGGACAUUAUUCUUACCCGGGUUAAUGAGCGCCUCUCGCAUUGUGCGUUUGAUUUUGUUGCCAAAUACGAGUUUCCCAUUCCCAUAGACUCCAAGAUGCGACCCGUGGAGCGCCCAGAGGACCGUGAGUGGACUGAAUGGGUAUACCUCUUGAAGCGUCUUGCUACCAAGCGUCGCAUUCCGGCUCGCGUUUUAUAUAACGGCCAGAUCAAGCAAUUUGUCACCAUCCUGGAGAACUCCCUUGAGAUGAGGCAUGCCGCCAGGAACCAGUCCAGACCAUUAAAGGAUGACCGGAACAUCUUGCAAUUAAUAUCAGCCGGAAUCCAGGUGGCCAAAUUACUGCGAGAUGCGGACUCGAUGUGUUAUUUGGACCAAUUAUACGUUGCCACAGAGAAGCAAAUCCAGGAGAGGAGCCAUAGCAGCCGCUAUCGUUGAUUAUUGGAACUCUUCGAAUUUUAAAUACCUCAGGACCACGUUUAAAUUUGGCAUCCAGCCUAGGAUUCAGUGGACACUUGCUGGAAGGGUCACCCGCCACAGUGACCACAGUGCUCUCAUUCCCGAUGAGCAGGACCAUGUAGGAGCCACUCAGCUGCGCCGAUAUCCCCAAGGCUACGGUUCCAUCCAGUGGAGGUGUUAUUGGAGUAGCAGUUUACGCGUUGAAGGCGCUUGGAGUAUUGGGUUUUGUGUGUUGGCCGUUCAGUUCAGCAAUAUGUGCCGAGGUUGAUCCACGGAUGGAGAUUUUGCUGAAAGGAGCAAGUUGCACAUGACGAGACUGGAAGGCGGGUUUAUCCAUUGGCUACAGUAUGUGUGCGUGUCUUUUUGUACACUUUUAGAGAUCGCCCAUCUACCUAAUUAAAUCUCGAUAAACUGACUUGAGGCUUUGUGACCGAAAGUUCAUACUGCUGAUCCCAAAGGGGCUGAGGAUCCUGCAUCGCCGUCGACGUUGUUGUUCGCCUCAUCUGCACGUUUGAUGCAUUGCAAACACAUCACGAAAUGAUAAGAGCUAUGCGGAUGCAUAAUACCGCAUCCGGAUCCACCGGUGGGGACUGCAGGGCGGUUUGGAUGUAGGUGCAUUGAUAGGUUUCUAUGUCUCGGUGUAGACUUCAUAUGUUUAUUGCUAUAAAGCUCCCACGAAUUCAACUCGUGGACGGCUUACUACAGGCUGACCAAUCCUUUUUUUGGCCGACUUCGAAUGACCAG